AUGGGGAAACCUGCUCCGCCAAAAGGCAACAGGCCGACGAGAAAUACUCAGUCGCAGCCCAAGAAGCAGACACAAACCACCAAGACCACAAGGAAACAAACGCCGGCUCCCGAGCGCCCUGUCAAGAGCGUGGAUAAGCCAAACACAAAUCUGAUCAGCUUGGUAGACCAACAAAGGAUACUCAACCUGUUCGCACAAGCGUUCAACGCAGAGCUUACCUCUCCUGACUUCACCGACAUUCUACAGGCUGUUAAGCAGGGCCUCUUCGACCGUGACUUCGAGCGCGUGUUUGGAAAUGAAGACAACCUUCGUGUGUAUGCGGCGCGUUACAGUCCGACGAGGGCUCUGGGGUAUGCCGAAGUACUUUCUGGCAUGGUUGAGCAUCUCGAGCAGCUGCUCCUUCCUGAGGCUAGAGCCGACGAGAAGACACUAGGAGUUCUGAACAUGGUCUCUAUAGGAGGUGGCUCGGCAGAGGUUGCCGCAUUUGCUGCCUACCUUUCCCAGGCGCCAGACAGGUCUGGAACUGUUACUCUCAUAGAUUCUGGGCCUUGGGAAGCCAUUGUCGACUCCCUCGCCAGCCAUGUCACCACGCCGCCCAUUCUGCCUCAAUGGGCCAACAUGGAGGCAAAGGCGAACAACCGCUCGCUCAUCGAACCUGCAAGGCUCAACGCCAAGUUCCUGCAAAGGGAUGUUCUGUCUUCAGAGCUCGUUGAUAUUUUCCCCAAGGAGAGUCCUUGCCUGGUGACUCUUUUAUUCACCCUCAACGAGCUGUUUACAGCAGGUGGUAUAGGCAAAACAACCCAGUUCCUGCUAGACCUUACAGCUAUGGUACCUUCGGGUUCAUUGCUCCUCGUUGUUGAUAGCCCGGGCUCAUAUUCUGAGGCCACAGUUGGCAAGGAGGCCAAGAAAUAUCCAAUGCUCUGGUUGCUUGACAAAGUGCUAGCAACAGCUGAGGAUUGCAGCUGGCAGAAAAUAGAGUCUCAGGAGUCGCGGUGGUUUCGGCUUCCUGAGAAACUCACUUAUCCGAUUCCUUUGGAGAAUAUGCGCUUCCAGAUGCAUCUGUACCGUGCUACAAAACCAGCACCUCAAGCCAAGAGUAAUACAGAAUCAUGA